AUGAGUCGAAUGAACAGAACAUUCGAUACAGAUUCAUCCGGCAAUAUUGAUUUUGGAGAAUUUCUUAUUGCCAUCUCAAUUACAGCUCAACAAGAUCCCAAAAAAAAAUUAGAAUGGGCAUUUUCUAUGUAUGAUAUUGAUCGUAAUGGAUAUAUUGACAAGAAGGAGAUGAGAAAAAUAAUGGAUGCUAUUUAUGAUCUACUUGGAGAGGAUAAAAAAGGCUCAGAUAAUCCUGAUAAUAAAGUUGAUCAAAUAUUUUUAAAAAUGGAUACAAAUUCUGAUAAAAAAUUAUCAAAAGAAGAAUUUAUCAAUGGUUGUUUAGCUGAUGAGCGACUAAGAAAAUUACUGGCACCAUCGGCAACAUAG